AUGCCCAUGUCUAAGAUACCGCGACAAUUGUUGCUGCCCGGAGGCAAGCGAGUGAUCGACGAACGAUAUGCCGAACAUCGACACCGCUUGAUUGGUAUGCUGAGAGAUUACCUGAGCGUUUUGAGAGCGAGCCCGCAGAUCUUCUACGCCUACCGCGAAGUUACAUGGAGCCGGUUCUGCGCCAAAAUCUCCCUUCCAACAUUCUAUGACGGCCUCACCAUCAUCACAGACGACCCAAAGAAGCUCGGACGGAAAAACGGCUGGUUUGCAGACUUCCCUCAGCAGUACUUCGUUGGCAAUCCUGAGGCCAAGAGCAAGGUGCUGGUGAUUUCGCCGUGUUACGACAUUGGCGUUCUGAAGAAGCUCAUUGAGCAGCUGUUCGCAGGCCUCGAUGUAGACAUCGACGAAGUCAAAGUCCGCCUCAAGACGCCCAAAGAAAAAUCCAUCACAGCCACGGACGAGCCUUUCGAUUUCGAAAACCCAAACCCUACUGUGUACAUCCACUGGUGCAUGCGCGUCACCCACAGACCCACGGGAAAACAGACGUCGCUCGAUAUCUCCGGCGUACAGUACGGAAUGAUUCAGGGCGACAUGCCUUGGCAGCCACACACCGACAUCUUCGUCGACGAGGUCCAGGCCAUCAAACCGCUGGGUACACUUGCAAAGUACGCAGAUGAAGUGUCACAAACCAAGGGUACGGAAGGAUUGCGAUUCGAAGUUGCGGCCAGUGCAAUGAAGGCGUGGCACGAGACUGUCGAUGCGGCGAUGGAGCGCAAAGGGCUGGCAUGGGCGGAUGUACUAGGCAAGGAGGAAGAAGCCUUCCAGCGACAUACGAAGAAGAUCUUGAGCGUGGGCACAAAGGCUAUGCAGAAGUAUGCUGCGGAGACGAAGCUGACGAAGAAGAGGCUUAAGGCGGAGAGGUAUGAGCAGAGGCAUGAAGAUUGGUUGAUGGGAGAGCUCAAGGAGCUGGAGAGGCUGUAUUUGGAAUAG